GGGCGCUCCUGGACUUGACUGAGAGGGCCGCCGCCCAGCAGUAGACGUUGUCUCGGCCCGUCGUACCGCCGUCCUCGCGGUGUGUGAGUGAGCCCGGGCCCGGUCGCCUCUCCCGCCGCCGCCAUGGGCUGCACGUUGAGCGCCGAAGACAAGGCGGCGGUGGAGCGGAGUAAGAUGAUCGACCGCAACUUGCGUGAGGACGGGGAGAAAGCGGCUAAAGAAGUGAAGCUGCUGCUACUCGGUGCUGGAGAAUCUGGUAAAAGCACCAUUGUGAAACAGAUGAAAAUCAUCCAUGAGGACGGCUAUUCCGAGGAGGAGUGCAAGCAGUAUAAAGUGGUCGUCUACAGCAACACUAUCCAGUCCAUCAUCGCCAUCAUCAGGGCCAUGGGGCGGCUAAAGAUUGACUUUGGGGAAGCUGCCAGAGCAGACGACGCCCGGCAGCUAUUUGUCUUAGCCGGCAGCGCCGAGGAAGGAGUCAUGACCCCAGAGCUAGCAGGAGUGAUUAAGCGGUUGUGGCGAGACGGCGGGGUGCAGGCUUGCUUCUGCAGAUCCAGGGAGUAUCAGCUCAAUGACUCUGCUUCAUAUUACCUCAAUGAUUUGGAUAGAAUAUCCCAAACCAACUACAUUCCAACUCAACAAGACGUCCUGCGGACAAGAGUGAAGACCACAGGCAUUGUGGAGACGCACUUCACCUUCAAAGACCUGUACUUCAAGAUGUUUGAUGUAGGCGGCCAAAGGUCAGAACGAAAAAAGUGGAUCCACUGUUUUGAAGGAGUGACAGCAAUUAUCUUCUGUGUCGCCCUCAGUGAUUAUGACCUGGUUCUGGCUGAAGACGAGGAGAUGAACCGAAUGCAUGAAAGCAUGAAACUGUUUGACAGCAUUUGUAACAACAAAUGGUUUACAGACACUUCAAUCAUUCUCUUCCUCAACAAGAAAGAUCUUUUUGAGGAAAAAAUAAAGAGGAGUCCACUAACUAUCUGUUACCCAGAAUACACGGGCUCCAACACAUAUGAAGAAGCAGCUGCUUACAUCCAGUGCCAGUUUGAGGAUCUGAACAGAAGAAAAGACACCAAGGAGAUCUACACCCACUUCACCUGUGCCACCGACACCAAGAACGUGCAGUUUGUGUUUGAUGCCGUCACAGAUGUCAUCAUUAAAAACAACUUAAAGGAGUGUGGCCUUUACUGAGGCAUAUGGAGGUGAACAAAAGUUAUUACAGCGUGGAGUGUUGAGACCAGACUUCUCUUGCUGUCUCGUCGGGCAGCGGCAAGCAUGAACGGGACCAGAGGCGGCGGCAGCAUGCAGAAUCUUCGCGCUCUUCAGCACAGUCUUCUGUAUUAGGGACUCUUAAUUGACACGAGAUGCUAAAAUCAGACAUUGGAAUUGGAACAGCUGUAAAAUAUGAAUCAAGACAUCACUUGGAUUUCAUAAUCUCAAAUGUUUAGGGCAGAUGUGAAGUUGAGGUGCUGCAUCCCAGAACUUCAAUAUGUAGCUUACCCUUUUUUAUUUUUUCUUCUUAACAGACCAUCAGUAAUUCACUUAAAAAAAAUUUUUUUUCCCAUGAAGAAUAAUUACUAAAUUUUAUUUCUUUGUUUGUAAAAGAAUCUUUAUUAAAACACACACAGUCUUAACUAUGCACAUGAUACAAGCAGAUCGUCUUGAAAAUAGUUCCUCUUAGUAGGAACUCUUUGUUUUUAACUCUUGGUAUGCUCAGAAUAUAAUAUUUCCAUAAAAAUCUAAUUCUUUAGUUGUUGGGGCUAUAAUUAUGGCUUUUUGGGUCGAAUUUAUGUUACUGUCGUGUUGAAAGUACCGUUAUGGUUUCUAAAUGGUAAUUACAUUGGAGAAUUCUGUAAUAAGAUUGUAGUGCGCGCGCUCUUUUUUUUUUUAAGCUUAGGGUUGAAGGUUAACCUGGUUUAUGAUGAUUACCAAAUUACUAGAUAAAUGCUUUUAUAGUAUGAUAAAGUCAACUUCUUGGAUACAGACACACCCAGAGCAGCUGCCAAUCAAAUGCAAAUUGCUAAAUUUCAAACAGAGCCGGUGACUUUGCUGCUACACCCCUGCUAAAUUGACCACUUUGAUUCUUGCUUGUUUGUCUCAGUCAUAGGGAGUUUUGUAAAAGAUGCCCCUUGUUUUCCAUCUUCCAUGGCCUUUUCUGUUGGGAAACAUCUAAAGUGUAUUAACAGUGCAUGCUUUUACUUUGUAAAUGUGGUGCCAAAUCCCUGUUUGCCAUUGUUUUUAUUGUAGCAACGUUAAUUGUAGUAAUCCUUAGUACCUUCUUUUGCUGAAACUAUUGCAUUUUUGGGACCUUUUUCCACUUUGUCGUGUGUACAGAUUUUAAUCUGUUAUAGUUGGCAGCAGUAUUAAAAUGGUGAGUAAAGAGUCCAGGUUUGUUCCUGUUUGUAACUAGUCCUUUCUGGAAACAUUUUCUUGUGUUUCUCUCUGCCCCUGCUCAGUGUGCUCCGGCCUUGGUCUGAGUGUGGAUUUAGGUGGAAAGGUUCCCUGAAGGCCUCGUCCUGCGCUGUAAUGGUGCUGCUGAGCCUUGGCCAGCCCGAGGCCUUAGGUGCUGUCUGUGUACGUGAUCUGCAGCCACCGUCCCUUUUCCAGGUUCACGUGGUGCUUGUGUGGAGAGCUGUGUUCACCUCGGCCUGCGGGGCUUUCUGUGCAGUGUGCAGCAAAUGUCAUUACCUAUUGAAUGGCCCACUGGGGGAGGCAGAUGAAGAGGGUGCAUUUUGAGCAUUCCAUGGUAGCAGCCUGAGGUUUGAGCAGUGCCUUUUGGGGUCCAGUCUUUGAGGACUAGAUUCCAUUCCAUCUUUUGAGGGGACCCUUCACUAGUUUAAAAGGAAAUAAAUGUCGGGUGGUCAUCACAUCUGGCUCAGAAAGUAAGCCACAGUAGUGCAGUGCCUUUAUUGGUAGGUUUUUUUUUUCCCCUCUCUCAACUCUUUUUGGAAAAGUGUAACUAUGCAGAUGGUGAACUGUGUUACCUAACAAACUUUUUUUUUAGGGUUGGGAAAACUGGAUCUAAAAGAAAGAAAAUGACCAGCUUCAGUUGGUGAUUGACUUACGCCCACAAUGUAAAUAGGGUUGAUAGUUCUUGUUUGUUUUGACUAUAUCUUUUCCUUAUUGUAUUUUGUAAAUAGAAUCAUCUGGUUAUGAGAACUGCUCCACUGUUGUCUUAACUGUAGUCUUUCUGUAGUCUGGGCUAAUGGGGUGGUGGUGUUGAUAACCCAAAAUAACAGAUAAUCAAAACAUUAAUAUCAUUUUUAAAUGCAUUUUGUAUUUUCAUUUGACUACGUCUAAUAUGUUCAUUUCUAGCCUGUUAGUGGAAAAUAGUAGUUCUCCACAUUUCGGCCUCUACAACAUUUACACUUGUUCUUUAUUUAUGUGAAGACCCCUUACCCAUCAUCCCCAAAAACUUGCCUGAAUGCACAUUCCUUUUGGACACAGGGGCACAAUUUAAGUCAGCAGCUUUCAGAUAUGCCUUACAUCAGGAUAUUCCCAGAUCCAUCUCAGAGACUGACUCUUGGCCAGUGGGCUAGCAGUCUUUAACUUUAAAAAGGUCAUUCUGAUCAUCUGCCUUGCAAAUCACUGUCAUAUUUUGAAAGGAAAGGUUUUUUUUUCUGAGAGCAGAGCUAGAAUAUGGGUAUGAAACAUCCUAUGUACUAGGCUGGAAAAAAGGAUUGAUAUUUGUAAUGAAAGAAACUAAAGGUUGCCUUGUGUCUUAUCUGUGAAGAAUGCUGGAGAUUUGUGAUGGAUCAUGCUGCAGAAUUCAGGUGGCCACGGCUUUGGACCACCCCAGAAAUCAACAUAUCUACGAAAAUUCGAUUUUAAUAAAUAACAGUAUUUAAUAGGCCUUAGCAGGAAGGACCGCGGUAGUAUCUUCAUUUCAUUCUCAGUCAUAUCUUCUCCACUGACUAAACCUUGAGCUGUACAAUUGCCGUCCACUAGACCCCACUUAGAGAGGAGGCAUUCUGCUUCUUCCUGGCCAGUCUUCCCGACCUUACGAGUUCAGACCUGCAACAGAUUUCACCUCCUGGUUGAAAAUUCCAAAAACUUUUACAAUUAUUCCUAAGUGGAUCUUGAGAUGACAUUUUCCUCUUGGAUGGUCAAAUUUCUAAGUCUAGUUCAGUGUAUCAUUAUUUUCACUGAUGGAUUGUUUUUUCACGACGUGCUGCAUUCUCAGAAUAG